AUGGCCAUUUUUACAGCUAUUCGCUCAUUCCCGAAUGCCUUGGCGCAGGAGUCAAUAGGCGCCAGCUUUAUCGACCUUAACGUACAAUCCAAACACCCCUCCUUUUUUCACCUGGUUCUACUCGUCUUUGAGGCGGUGCUGGAGGUAGUAUGCGUUUCAUUACCAGGCUACAUUGUCGCCCGCCAUGGCAUGUUCGAUGCCGAAGCUCAGAAAUUCGUCGCGAACCUUAACGUGAUGCUUUUCACUCCUUGUUUGAUCUUUAUCAAGCUCGGCUCCCAAUUAACCGCGGAAAAGCUCACCGAUCUCGCCAUCAUCCCCGUUAUCUUUAUCGUCCAAACCGCCGUAUCCUACUUCUGUGCGUUCGUAGUCACGCGAUGCUGUCGAUUCAAGAAACGUCAAUCCAAUUUCGUGACGGCGAUGGCGGUGUUCGGAAACUCUAAUUCCCUCCCCAUCUCCCUCGUCAUAUCCCUCUCCGCAACCCUGCAGGGACUCCACUGGAAACGUGUCCCCGGCGAUAACGAUGAUGAGGUCGCUGCCCGGGGAAUAUUGUAUCUCUUGAUCUUUCAACAGCUCGGUCAGCUAGUCCGUUGGAGUUGGGGUUAUCAUGUGCUAUUGGCACCAAAGGAUCGAUACAUUGAAGAGGAGGAACGGGACGAGUCUGGCGAGACGGCGAUUGAACAGGGCCAGGCACGGUACUCGGAUAACCCAGCUCAAACGGAUCCAGAUGAGCCGCUGGUCCGCACACGUAGCUCGCAAGAUUUACGACAUGCACAUGUUGGUCAUACGAAUGGGGGCCGAUUUGAGUCCGGAGGUCAGACUCCUGUAUCUUCCCGCGCUUACUCCUACCGUAAGGCCUCUUCAAUAGGUUCGGACGACUCAAUUGCCGAUGAGGAAGUUGACUCUGAUGAAACACCUUCGGUGAUUGGCCCUCCACCUACGGGACCUUUUCUCCCCCGCUCCAGCACCGAUGGCGGUGACAUCCUUUCAUUCCCAGACGUCGAGGCUACUGCCCGAGAAACCCACAUAACAAAGCAGAGCUAUUUACAACGAUUCAAAGUCACUACCCGGCGACGUUGGCACCAAACCCGCCGCUUCUUUGCCCAGAAGAACGAUGCGAUAUACGCCAAGCUACCCACAAAGGUUCAAAAAACCCUCUCAUCCACAAGAAGCGGAGCCUGUCGUUUCUUCCGUGGACUGUGGUCCUUUAUGAACCCUCCUCUUUGGGCCAUGCUUGUCUCCAUAAUUAUCGCUUCUUUCCCACAACUGCAGCACCUCUUUUUCGAUGAGGGCACCUUUGUUCGCAACUCGGUGACCCGCGCCAUUGAGCAAAACGCCCAAGUGGCCGUUCCGCUUAUUCUGGUCGUACUGGGCGCCAAUCUGGCUCGGAACACGCUCCCCGAAGAAGCACUUGAGGAUAUUGAUCAUCCUAGUGUGGAGAGAAAACUGAUCAUCGCGUCUUUGCUAGCGCGUAUGCUCCUUCCGACUCUAAUCAUGGCGCCGUUCCUGGCCUUGCUCGCCAAGUUUGUGCCCAUUAGUAUUCUCGAUGACCCCAUUUUCAUUAUCGUCUGCUUUCUUCUCACGGGCGCGCCUUCGGCCUUGCAGCUGGCACAGAUUUGCCAGAUCAAUAAUGUUUACGUGGGUGCGAUGUCGAAAAUUCUGUUUCAAAGUUACGUGGUCUGGAUCCUCCCCUCAACCCUCUUCUUGGUUAUCUGUGGACUGGAAGUCCUUGAGUGGGCUUCAGCCUAG